AUGUCAUCGAUUCACGAUGAGAUUCAGGAAACCUGGAGAUCAUUGAAUGAUGAACUAGACCAGUUUAAACAUCAGACGGACGAUUUGUGGAACGAUAUGUUGAAGAUGGGAGCGGCUACACCGUCGAACCGGCGACGUCGUCAAAGCUACGGAGGCUACGGUGCGUCUGGAGUGAAUACUGGCUACGGAGGAUAUGGAGCGGCUGGGAAGCCAGGCCACGGGCCGGCAGGUAAUGGGCCUCAACAUCCAUCAGAUUUCUCACCAAAAGCUUCAUCUUCAUCAUGUCAAUGUGAAACCAAAAACGACUGCCCACCAGGCCCAGCUGGACCAGCCGGUGAACCAGGACCGGAUGGACUACCAGGAAUUCCAGGCAAAGAUGGCUUACCUGGCUUGGAUAACAGUGACAUUUCAAAUCAACCCCCUCAAGGCUGCUUCAACUGUCCAGCCGGUAGACCAGGUGCUCCAGGAAACGCCGGCCGUCCCGGACCACGAGGAAUGCGCGGACCACAAGGCUAUGUUGGUAUGCCAGGCCGGGACGGCUACCCAGGCCUAGCCGGUGAACAAGGCCCACAAGGGCAGCCGGGGGAAGACGGAAAAGGUGGACCAAACGGGCAACCAGGCCGUGACCAAGAACGACCAAUACCAAGGAAAGGACCACGUGGUCCAACUGGUCCACAAGGCGCGGAAGGACCAGAAGGUGAGGCCGGAAAGCCGGCUGAACAAGGUCCGGUUGGAGAGCCCGGGGUCCGUGGAGCUGCUGGAUCAGUUGGAGCACCUGGAUUUGAAGGUGAGGAAGGAGCACCUGGUCCAGCUGGAGCUCCAGGCAAGGAUGCUGAAUAUUGUCCUUGUCCUGCACGUGACGGUAGUGGUGAUGUUAGUGGGUUUGGUGGAAGAUCGAGUGGUGUUGGUGGAAGGAGUGGUGCUGGAUACAAACGAGCUUAG